AUGACGCUCGCGAUCUCGGAACCGACGACCACCGCGGUGGUGCUUCUCAUCUUCGGCGUGCUCAUCGCCUUCAGCGUCCUGUUUACACGCGCGCUCGACCGCCUCGGCGUGCCCGUCGUCCUCCUGUUCCUCCUCCUCGGGAUGAUGGGCGGUUCGGAGGGCCUCGGCGGGCUUUCGUUCGAGAACUACGAGGUCGCCUACCGGCUCGGCACCAUCGCGCUCGUCCUGAUCCUCUUCGACGGCGGCCUCAACACCGCGCACACCUCCAUCCUGCGCAGCCUCGCCCCCGCCAGCACGCUCGCGACGAUCGGCGUCUUCGGAACCGCCGGCAUCGUCGCCGUCUUCGCGCGCCUCUUCGGGCUCUCCUGGCCCGAGGCGCUGCUCAUCGGCGCGAUCGUCUCAUCGACCGAUGCCGCGGCCGUUUUCUCCGUGCUCCGCGGCGGCAGCCUCCGCGUCCGCGAGCCGGCGCGCAGCACGAUCGAGGUCGAGUCCUGCAUCAACGACCCGAUGGCGAUCAUCCUGACCGUCUCCGUCGUCGAGUACCUCCGUGUCGGGGGCGGCUUCUCGCCCUGGGCGAUCGUCGAGGUCCCGCUCCAGCUCCUGAUCGGCGGCGUGGUCGGUGCCGCGAUCGGAUUCGCGAGCCGGUGGCUGCUCAACCGCAUCACCCUCAGCACGACCGGGCUCUUCCCCGUGGCGACGCUCGGCGUCGCGUUCCUCGCCUACGGCCUGAGCACCAUCGCGCACGGGAGCGGGUUCCUGGGCGUCUUCGCGGCCGCGUCGGUGCUCGGCAACGGCCCGCUGCCGUACAAGUCCGGCCUGACGCGGGUGCACGACGCGGUGGCGUGGUUCGCGCAGGUAUCGAUGUUCCUCAUGCUGGGCCUGCUCGCGUUCCCGAGCCGGCUCGUGGACGUCGCGGGCGUCGGCAUGACGCUCGGGCUGGUGCUCGCGUUCGUCGCGCGCCCGGUCGCGGCGAUGCUCUGCGUGAUCCCGUUCGGCUGGAAGCGAGCGGACGUGAUCUUCACCGCGUGGACGGGCAUCCGCGGCGCGGUGCCGAUCGUGCUCGCGACGAUCCCGAUCCUGGCGGAGAUCCCGGGCGCGGAGCGGGUGUUCGACAUCGUGUUCUUCAUCGUUGUGGUGAGCGCGAUCGUGCCCGGGGCGAGCAUCGUGCCGCUCUCGCGUCGCCUGAAGAUGCUGGACGACUCGCCCGCCCCGCCCAGCGCGACGCUGGAGAUCCACUCGCGGAAGCGCAUGGACGGGGAGAUCCACGUCUACCGCGUCACGCCGGACGUCGCGGUGUGCGGCGCCUCGCUCUCCGAGAUCGUCUUCCCGGAGCACGCGUCCGUCGUGCUCAUCGUGCGCGGGGACGAGCCCCUCGCCGCCCGGGGCGUGACACGCCUGCGGGAGGGGGACUACGUCUACGUCCUCUGCCGCCACGAGGACGAGCCGCGCAUCGGAUUGCUCUUCGGUGCCGAGGCGGAGCUGUGA